AUGCAGUCGAAAAACAAACCUAUUGUGCCUAGAUCUAUUGCRCAAUUGGUACCCUUCGUCGAUACUGAGGGAGUCAUUCGAGUUAGUGGUAGAUUACGGAAUGCCGAAAUUAACGUUCAUCAACAAUACCCUGUAUUAUUGCCGAAGAAAUGUGCGUUAACUAAUAUUUUAAUUCGGCACUUCCAUCUCAUGUAUCUUCACGCGGGUCCGCAAUUAGUGUCGUCACUGAUUGCUCAAACGUAUUGGAUUUUGUCCAGCCGAUCCGCUAUACGCCAUAUCAUAUUCAAAUGCGUCGUGUGUGCUCGACAUCGAGCCACCGCGCCACAACCAAUUAUGGCCGCGUUACCGUCGUUCCGUGUUCGCCCGUGCCGUCCGUUCAGCAACGUCGGUGUCGACUUCGCUGGUCCAUUCCAAGUAAAAGAAUCUCGUCGUAAAAAUGCUAAAUCGAUAAAAUGUUAUCUUGCGGUAUUUGUAUGUACUGUUAUUAAAUCCGUACAUCUAGAAAUUGUAUCAGAUCUAUCUACAAAURCUUUUAUGGCUUCUUUCAAUCGAUUCAUUUCUCGUCGGGGUAUUCCAUCAAAUAUUUAUUCGGACUGCGGGACCAACUUUCAAGGCGCCAACCGAGAACUACACGAAAUGUUAACGACCACAGCCAGUCGGCAAACUACACUGUUGCCGUGUAAAUGGCACUUCAACCCUCCCGCRGCUCCUCACUUUGGUGGUAUUUGGGAGGCUGCAGUCAAAUCCGCUAAAUACCACUUAAAGCGAGUUAUUGGUGUCCAAACGCUUACAUUCGAAGAAAUGUCUACCCUAUCCACGCAAAUCGAGGCCAUUCUUAAUUCAAGACCUCUGACCGUUUUAUCGUCCGACCCAAAUGAUUUACGCCCACUGACACCGGGCCAUUUUUUAAUAGGACAACCGUUAGUAGCGUUACCAUCCCGCGAUUUUACAUCAAUACCGAUAAAUCGAUUAACUCGCUGGGAAUUGAUCAGGMAAUGCACCCAAUCCUUUUGGAAUCGGUGGUCGUCGGAAUAUUUAUCUUCACUACAGCGACGUACAAAAUGGACGCGACAACAACCAAAUGUUAUAGUUGGGGACAUUGUAAUAAUAMAUUUGCCUCAUAAGGCACCAACGUAUUGGCCUUUGGGACGUGUAAAAGAAGUUCACCCCG